UUUCCUUUUUUUUUAAAUAAACUUUUUUUUUUAUCUUUUUAUUUUAUUUUAUUUUAUAUAUAUACAUUUAUAUAUAUUUAUAUAUUUAUAUAUUUAUAUGGAAACAAGAUUAUGCAUCAAGAAAUCACAGAAGCUAUUGACUUUAUAGGGAGGUUACUUCAAUCUAAGCUAGAACCAUCACUUAUUACGUUAUUCAAAGCCAAGCUUUAUGAACUGUUAUCAGAACGAUUCUUAGAACAUUGGGACCCUGAACAUCCUGGUCGUGGAAAUGCUUAUAGAGCCAUCACUAUCUUUAAUGGUCAAUUAGAUGCUUUACUUACUUUAGCUGCACAACAAGUUUCGAUAUCACCUAAUACACUUCUUGUUCAUCUUCCUCAAGAAUUUGUACUUUGGAUAGAUCCUAGUGCUGUAUCUUAUAGAGUAGGUGAUCAUGGAAAUAUUAUGGAUCUUUUUAUGGAUGGCAAGUCUCUUAAAGAUAGAAAAACCAUCAUGAAUAAUGUUGUUUCAACUUCCACCCCUAUUCGUAUUUCUCCACCAACAAGUCCUGCUUCCAAUGAAAAGAAACUUUUUAUUGAUUCUCGUCCAUCUUCUCCAUUAGCCAUUCAUGCUAAAAAGGAUCAACAACAACAACAACAACAAAGUUCUCGUCAUAAAUCUUUAGUUUUGGCUCAUUGAAAAAAUAUCCCAAUCGUCAUUA